AUGGUUAUCAUAGGGAAAUCUCUGUUCCGAGCAAUCACCAGGGUGCUGGGACUAUCUUCCACCAAAAGAACAAGCCAAGAGUUGACUCUGGACUCGCCAUUCCAAUUGUUUCAAGAGGAUGAGGCUCGAUAUCGCUGUGCGAUCGGGCUCAAUGGCGGGACUACGACCCCCAUCGAGCCCAUACAUUUGGUUAUACUCUUAUCAGCUGUGACCGAGCCCGCAAUGUUGCUUCUCCUUACCAGCCGUAUAUGUCCUAUUAGCCCCCUUGGCGCGGUCAACGUUCGCAACAGAUUUGAGCUUCUUCGGCCAGAUCUCUGCAACCUAUCAUCAUUUAGAGCCCCGAAUCGAGCCAUUCUGUCCGCGAGAGUGCACAGUGAGCCAAGGUCUGUGAAGCGAGGCCUCGAGUACGAUCUCGAAGUCAGCAUCCUAGUUCCCAAUGAUGAUGGGGAAGGCAACGUGUCUGUAUUCCGACAGGUCUUUACUAUGUUGGAAUUCGGAAAGGUGGAAGUCUCUAGAGCUGAAGGACAGUCAAGAGAUAAGAAGACAUCCGUAGAGGAGCGACAGUCCUCGGAACUAGCUGUACACAUGUCAUUCUCUAGCAGUGACCCGUUGAGAUGGGCGGCGCUUUGCAAAGACUAUAACCUCAUCCACCUUUCUGGUAUCGCUGCAAGGCUCUUUGGUCUUCCUGGAAAGCUUGCGCACGGUAACCACGUCGUUGCAAAAGCGUUGCGGAGCCUCUUGGAGACACGCAGCAUUCAAUCAAAGGAUAAUGCGCCAGCGUGGAUGGAGGUGCAUUUCAAGAGACCUGUGGUCGUUCCAGCAAAGUUGCACGUAGAGUCAUUCUUGAAUAGUGCAACCACGACCGGAUUUGCCAUCACUCAUAACGGGCGAAGUUGUGUCACUGCUGAGUAUGGAAUCUUGUAG